AUGUGCAAGAAGAUAGCGAAGCACUUCAUGAAGAAGAUAACGUCAGACGAAGCCCUCUCGUACCUGGUCAAAGAAAUCAAUGCGAAGGACGGUGGGGUCUUUACGGUGAACGGUCUCCUGAAGAUGAAGGGCAGCAGGGGCAACCCAAACGACCUACUCUCGAACCAGCCGCAGCACCCACAGAAGGGGAAGGAGUACCUGGACCUCAGGAACCAGCAGCUAGUGACGGACUACAUGAAGAUCAACGGAUGCACGAAGAAGGAGCUCAAGGACACGGAGGCCAUCAUCGCGCACCUGCACCGCAACUCCGGGCACUGCAGUUUGACGACAGUGGAGGCCGCUCUCAAGACUCGGCAGGCCGACAAGAAGUUUGUCGAUCUGUGCAAGCACUACGAAUGCACCCUGUGUGCAGACUACGGAAGUCGCUUCACUACGUGCCACGUACUCAACAAGGAGGAAAUGGGCAAGAACUGCGGCAACACCACAGCUAAGGAGAUGAAGGAGACGGUCUUGAAGAGCUGGAUCCAGCACUACGGCAAACCUGAAGUUCUGAGAUCGGAUCCUGAAGGUUGCUUUCGACAAGCUGAACACCGUGCGCGGCUAUCAGGUCAUGGAAUUGAAUGGCGACCAGAACCGGGAGAAGCUCAUUGGCGCAUGGGCGUGGUCGAGAGGUGCAUAGAGACGAUCAAGGAGAUUGCGACUCGGAUGGCCUGGGAAGUUCCGGACGACAUCGAGCCGCAGGAGAUCUUCACGUGGGCGCGCGCUGCGAACAACGACCUGAUGAGGCACAACGAUUACAGUCCACUUAUGCUCCUCAUGGGUCGCACUCCUGCGGGACAUGGUCUCCAAGACGAGGAGAAUCCCUCCACUCUCAGCGCCGAGGUGAAGGGGGAUCAAUUUCAGAAGCUCGUGCUGAACAAGCGGACGGCGUACAAGGCCUGUGUAGACCACUACCUGUCCGAGAAGACGAAGAGAGCGCUGCUAGCCAAGACGCGACCGUUCAAUGUUUGGGAGUCUGGCGAAAAGGCACACUACUGGAGGAGCGCCAAGGGCAACAGCCACAAGACGAAGCAGGGCAUGUCUGGACGCUCCCAUGUUCCAGCUACGGUGUUGAUGCAAGAGCGCGAGGUCAAGAACGGAGUAGCAGAACGUCGCGGAGUUGUCUGGCUAGUGGAUGGUGAUCGACUGGUACGAGCAGCCGCAGCACACCUGCGCACCGCCACGAAGGCGGAGCAGACGUUGGAGAGCAUUUCGGCAGGCAGCUCAGACCAGUUCCAGAAGCUAGUGCGGGGCCUUGCGAAAGGCUCGUUCGAUGUGAAGUUGGACCGGGGGGGGAUCAACACCGCGAACCACCUCGGGAUCACGGAGAUCACCUCUUCUCUGAGGCAGGCGACGAACAUGGACCUGAUCACGAAGAAGAAGAUCUACAAGGAGAACCAGCAGAAGUUCCCGAAGAGUCAGGAGGAGUACCUGACCAACCUGCUGACAGACCUCAAGCAGAAGUUCCCUGGGACAGCGAGCCACCUCCAGAGGGCGAAGCAGGAGGACCUCGUCGGAUAUUCCACCGAGGACAAAGCAGGGCUCGCAGUACUAGUGGGCUUCACGAUAGACGAGAAGGACCUGGGCCAGCUGGAGAAGAAUCCAGAGAGAAUGCUGGCAGCCUUGGAUAGGCAGAACAAGGUGGAGGUCAAGCUGAAGGAUCUCACACCGGAGGAGAAGAAACAGCUGCCGUUCGCCAAAGAGAACGAGAUCAAGUCGUUAUUGAAGUAUCGCGUAUGUGAAGCGGCCAGUCGUGCUGGUGUACAUCCCGGAGCGUUAAUGAAGAUGCGCUGGGUCAUUACCAAGAAGGAGACGGGCGACCUCAAGGCGCGUCUGGUAGUUCUUGGUUGUACUGAUCCGAGCUUGGGCCGUCUCGUCGGCAUUGCGGUAGCGCACGUGGGCGACUUCAUGAUUGCGAUCAACAAUGCUUCUCAUGCCGCAAUAGAUGCACUUCAAGAACUACAUGGCGCCUACGAGUGGGGCAGCUGGGAGACGCAAGACUUCGUUCAGUGUGGGACUCGCAUUCGACAAGAAUACGAUGGACGUACUAAGAGCCGGGGUCGCAUCCAUCUGAACAUGGUCGACUACGCGCAGGAGUUGAAAGAGAUCGACAUACCCACUCAACGUCGGAAGAACCCAGAAGCUGGAGUGACACCGGGAGAGGCUUCUCAUCUACGAGCAGUUCUUGGACAACUGAUGUGGCUAUCCACUCAAUGUGUUCCACUCAUCAGCGCGGAGCUGUCGCUGCUAUUAGCCCACACGAACACGGCGACGAUCAACACCCUGACGCAGGCGAACAAGCUGGUCAGGAGAGCGCGGGUGGAAGCAGUCAAGGAACUGAUCAUGGAGAAGCACAUCAAUCCGUGUCUGGUGGGCUACUCGGACGCAGCGUUGAAUGUACGCCGAGAUGGAUCAUCGCAAGGAGGCUUCUUGAUCUUUAUGACGGACCUGGCGCUGCUGCAGAAUAAGGAUGCGCUCGCAAUACAGGAGCACUGGUCCUACGACUGCCGUGGAGUGUUCGACGCGCUGGACAGGUCUGAGAGCAGCGCGCUGGGCAUGAAGGACAAGAGGAGCGCACUGGAGGCCUUGGCACUGAAGAGAGGUAUGGCGGCUACGGCGACAUCAUUACGUUGGUGUCACAAUGGCGCCCAGCUCAGCGACUGCAUGACGAAGAAUGCGGAGAAGGCCCGGGCGAGCCACAACCUCUGGCAGCAACGAGGUACCUGGAAGUUGAUCUACGAUUCCAACUUCAUCUCAGAGAAGCAUCGGAAACAAAAGGGUCUGGACACGCUCGAGACGGGCUUCGCAGUGGAUGCAGAUGAUGCGUGGCAGCUCUUCCCUGACUACAUGGAGAUCGAGGACACUGACCUGGACAUUGUGAGUGACCUUCGUCACCCUGGACUGCGACAGCAGAUGAUGCAAGAUGCGACGCCUCAAUGA